UAUAUUCCCGUCAGAUAAAAUAGGUCAUAAAUAGCUUUCCUAGGCUGUAGGAGAACCUUACAAGUAUUCUGAAGUUCCUUUUAUGUUGCUCUACCAUCUUUCUGAUCCAAGUUGAAACUGCUUUUAAAGGAAUCACCCAGUUCUUCCUCCUUCCAGAAAUAUUUCCACUGAGGUCAUCAUUUGAUAAAAAUUAAAACUCCCCAAAUCAUGGAAGUUGCUAAAAAUAAAUGGGUUUCUUUAUACUUGGUUUUGAAUUGGUGGGACAUGUCCACCCACCCCCCAACCCUUGAGUAAUGUUUUCUUCAAUGACAGGGCCUCACUGGGGAAAUCCUAACUAAAGAUAAUAGCAUGGUACAUUGUGUUGCCAGUAUUCCAAUUAAUGUUAAGCAAUAUUACUUUUUAAAUACCCAAGUUAAAAGUAAUACAUUAAGAACGAGUACACUGCUAUUGUAAAGUCCAUUCCACUACUGAUUUCAAACAAACACCAUUUAAGUGCCAACCUACAAUUGGAAGAGUUUACUAAUUUAUUUUUGCCCCAAAAUGGCAUCAACAGUGAUGGGGUGCUUCCAGGGGAUUAUGGAACAGAGUUUUUGCAACCAAGGGGUAGGCUUGAGGCAAUGCAAAAUGUCAACUGCCUGCAUUGCAAUGUUUUAUCUCAGCUUUCCUCAAAGGUACACACCCCUGAUCAAACAAGCAGCUUUAUGGCAUGCGCAGUUGCAAUUGAAGUGUAACUGACUUCCGCAGAACUAGCUUCCACAGUGUUUCCUGUCCAAAAAUCUCCGUGUGGUCAUCUGUAGCUAAAUGAUCACAAAUCAUCGAGUAAGUAAGCCCUCCCCACCCCCGAUAUUUUUGUUUUUUUCAACAAGGACUCAAAGUGACCAAACCCUGUCAUGUGCAAAUGUUCUCUGGACUUCCUUGAUUCCUUUUCCUUUCUUCGGAUAACAAGGGAAAAAGCCUUCUUCCGUAAUAAUAUCUAUCUAUUCAAGGUGUCAUUUCCCUUGCGAGGUUAUUUACAGGUUCCCUACCGUUUAGCUUUUCUUGCUCAGUAAUUGCUUACUGAAACAAAUCUGCUCUUUCAAAGCGAGCUUUUCCUUUUAACCCCUUUUGCUCGCUCUUCCUUGGAGGCUAGCAAGGAGUGCGCCGGCUCUGCAGUGUCGGGGAACCCACCUAGAGGGCCCCCUUGACGCCAGCACAUCUCUUGUCAGGCAGCAGUCUCUGCAGCCGAGCCGGGCUGCUGCAGAGUUAACAUCCAGUACCACGGAGCCUGCAAGUGUCCUGAGCUGCUCAGAGCUGGGGAGACGCAGCCCAGGGCAGACGAGGCUGCUGCGACGAUUACAAACGUGCUGCUGGAAAUUCAGCGCUGGGGGACCCCAGCAGGAGCCUGUUGCCAUUGUGUUUUAAAAGCAUGCAAGGUCUGUAUAGCUUGGGCAUGAGAAUCUUUCAGAAGAUGUCAGAGCAUCAGAGUAAAUGACACCUAUUGGGGAACUGAAUUAUUUGGGGUGUGAAAGGAGAGAGAGAGGAAAGAGAGAAGACAACGGGGGAAGAAAUUUCUUAGACAACGUCUGACUCGCAGCUGUGAAAUUCAUUUCUUUCCAAGGGAAAAUAUGAAAAGCCCACACAUGGUUCUGAUAACAAAGUGAAGGGGAUUCUGCAGUGAAAGGAUCAAUAUCUUGGUCAUUUUACUUGAAGAGAACAGACAGCCUUAUUAUGGGGUUAGGCAGCAGAAAUGAAUUUCAUCAUGACAGUACCUUCUGAAGUCAUGAUGGUAGCUGAUGGUAAUUCUGUCCUGCGAAGCAGAAAUUUCUCAUUGCCUUCCUACUUUUGUAGUUGAAAACCAGCAAUUCUGAGAUUUGGGAAAGAAGUUGGCUUUGGUUGUACAUGGUUUCUAGCCCCUCUGCCCAGGGUCUUUGUCCGACACAUCUCAGAAGGCAGCACUGCGUUAAAGUGACCACACAUGAAUAUGUGCCUUAGAAAGAAGAAAAAGCAAUAUUUAUUUCUAAAGGACAGCAUGGCAAAGCAACCUGAAGUUUUCUGUUUCCCUUCCAACACUUCUUUAACAAGGAUAACAAGAAACUGUCUUAUGACUCCUCUUUUCCCACAUUCCAGAGCCCUUCCUGGGAGGAUGCAUUAAUUCACACCCAAGUCCGUUGGAUUUUACCAGGACAAUAUUUGCAACAUUUAGGAUUAGCUAUUGAACUGGUUAUUUUAAUGUGUUGACCAUCUAGUGGAACCUAAAUGGAUGGAACCAUACCUGCAGUACUUUAUGAGGUUUCUCUUUACAGAUCCUGGAAGGGCUUGUGUUGCUGGGGGUUUUUGUUUGUUUGUUUCUUUGUUUGUGUGGUUUUUUCCUUUUGUGGGGGAAGAGAUUUUUUUUUAAAUUCAAUACUUGUUGCAAUAAAUCGCCCAUGAAGCUGCUCAAACAAGAGAGUUGGAAUUCAUCUACAUAUAACAUAUGAGACAAGGAUAAUAUUAAUGACAGAAGAUCUGUGAACAUGAUGCACGUGAAUAAUUUCCCCUUUAGAAGGCAUUCCUGGAUAUGUUUCGAUGUGGACAAUGGCACAUCUGCGGGACGGAGUCCCUUGGAUCCCAUGACCAGCCCAGGAUCUGGGCUAAUUCUCCAAGCAAACUUUGUCCACAGUCAACGUCGGGAGUCCUUCUUGUAUCGAUCAGACAGCGAUUAUGACCUCUCUCCAAAGUCAAUGUCCCGGAAUUCCUCCAUUGCCAGUGACAUACAUGGAGAUGACUUGAUUGUGACUCCGUUUGCUCAGGUCUUGGCCAGCCUGCGAACUGUACGAAACAACUUUGCUGCAUUAACUAACUUGCAAGACCGAGCACCUAGCAAAAGAUCACCCAUGUGCAACCAACCGUCCAUCAACAAAGCCACCAUAACAGAGGAGGCCUACCAGAAACUGGCCAGCGAGACCCUGGAGGAGCUGGACUGGUGUCUGGACCAGCUAGAAACCCUGCAGACCAGGCACUCCGUCAGUGAAAUGGCCUCCAACAAGUUUAAAAGGAUGCUUAAUCGGGAGCUCACCCAUCUCUCUGAAAUGAGUCGGUCUGGAAAUCAAGUAUCAGAGUAUAUCUCAAACACAUUCUUAGAUAAGCAACAUGAAGUGGAAAUUCCUUCUCCAACUCAGAAGGAAAAGGAGAAAAAGAAAAGGCCUAUGUCUCAGAUCAGUGGAGUCAAGAAGUUGAUGCACAGUUCUAGUUUGACUAAUUCAAGUAUCCCAAGGUUUGGAGUUAAAACUGAACAAGAAGAUGUACUUGCCAAGGAACUGGAAGAUGUGAACAAAUGGGGUCUUCAUGUUUUUAGAAUAGCAGAGUUGUCUGGUAACCGGCCUCUGACUGUUAUCAUGCACACCAUUUUUCAGGAACGGGAUUUAUUAAAAACAUUUAAAAUUCCAGUAGACACUUUGAUAACGUACCUUAUGACUCUCGAAGACCAUUACCAUGCUGAUGUGGCCUAUCACAACAAUAUCCAUGCUGCGGACGUUGUCCAGUCCACUCACGUGCUAUUAUCCACACCUGCUCUGGAGGCUGUGUUUACAGAUUUGGAGAUUCUUGCAGCAAUUUUUGCUAGUGCAAUACAUGAUGUAGAUCAUCCUGGUGUUUCAAAUCAGUUUCUGAUCAAUACAAACUCUGAACUUGCCUUGAUGUACAAUGAUUCCUCUGUCUUGGAAAACCAUCAUUUGGCUGUGGGAUUUAAGUUGCUUCAGGAAGAAAACUGUGACAUUUUCCAGAAUUUGAGCAAAAAGCAAAGACAGUCAUUAAGGAAAAUGGUCAUUGAUAUCGUACUUGCAACAGAUAUGUCAAAACAUAUGAAUCUACUGGCUGAUUUGAAAACUAUGGUUGAAACUAAGAAAGUGACAAGUUCUGGGGUUCUUCUUCUUGAUAAUUAUUCUGAUAGGAUUCAGGUCCUUCAGAAUAUGGUGCAUUGUGCAGAUCUGAGCAACCCAACAAAGCCUCUCCAGCUGUACCGCCAGUGGACAGACCGGAUAAUGGAGGAGUUCUUUCGCCAAGGAGACCGAGAGAGAGAGCGUGGCAUGGAAAUAAGUCCCAUGUGUGAUAAGCACAAUGCGUCUGUGGAAAAAUCACAGGUGGGCUUCAUAGACUAUAUUGUUCAUCCUCUCUGGGAGACAUGGGCAGACCUUGUGCACCCUGACGCCCAGGACAUUUUGGACACUUUGGAGGACAAUCGUGAAUGGUACCAGAGCACAAUCCCUCAGAGCCCCUCUCCUGCACCUGAUGACCAAGAAGAGGGCCGGCAGGGUCAAACCGAGAAGUUCCAGUUUGAACUAACUUUAGAGGAAGACGGCGAGUCAGACACAGAAAAGGACAGUGGAAGUCAAGUAGAAGAAGACACUAGCUGCAGUGACUCCAAGACUCUUUGUACUCAAGAUUCAGAGUCUACUGAAAUUCCCCUCGAUGAACAGGUUGAAGAGGAAGCAGUAGGGGAAGAAGAAAGCCAGCCUGAAGUUUGUGUAAUAGAAGAUCAUUCUCCUGACACGUAACAGUGCAGAAACUUUCAUCCCCCUCCUUUAAAAAAAAAAAAAAAAAAAAGAGUAGAAAAAUUGUUUCCAAAGUGCAUGUCACAUGGCACAGCCAUGGUCACACCUCACUGUCAUCUGCCAGAACGUUUGUUGAACAAAACUGACCUUGACUGCUCAGUCUGGCGCUCAGGAAUAUCGUAACCAGUUUUCUCACCUCCAUGUCAUCUGAGCAAGGAGGACAUCUUCGUGAACAGCAUUUUAACAAGAUCUCAGCUUCGUAGAGCUGACAAAGCAGAUAAAAUGAACUACUCCAAAAUGAUUUCAAGGGAGUGUGGCUCAUCAGGCAGCCCAAGAGUUGAUAUGAUUCGGGGUUUAUUUUCUUUGUAUUUGUUUAUAAUAUCUUCAGAAGAAGGCAUUACAGAGAGUGAACUAAUGGAUGAAGCAACAAAUCCAUCAGGAACAGGGGACAGCAUGAAUCUGUUACCAGGAGGAAGAUGAGCCACAGAAAUUGCAUACUUUUCUAAUUUCAAGUCUUCCUGAUACAUGACUGAAUAGUGUAGUUCAAUGAGCUGCACUGACCUCUACAUUUUGUAUGAUAUGUAAAACAGAUUUUUUGUAGAGCUUACUUUUAUUAUUAAAUGUAUUGAGGUAUUAUAUUUAAAAAUAUGUUCAGAACUUCAUCUGCCACUGGUUAUUUUUUUCUAAGGAGUAACUUGCAAGUUUUCAGUACAAAUCUGUGCUACACUGGAUAAAUCUUAAUUUACGAAUUUUACUUGCACCUUAUAGUUCAUAGCAAUUAACUGAUUUGUAGUGAUUCAUUGUUUUAUCUACCAGUGACUUCCAUUUUCAAACAAACAAACAAAAAAACAUUUUGUUGCAGGAAACCCUCUUUUGUAGGUCAUUUAACUUGCCUUUUUGUUUCACUCUUUUCGGAUCAGCAGAGUUGCUCUCCACUGACAUUUCUCUUUACAGUGUGCAAAGUGAAUAUCUGUUCUGUAGAACUUUGAUGUGCAUUUUGUCUAAAUGUGUCUUAAGCCUCGUGGAAAUACACUUCAUCAGUUGGUGUUGUCCAAAGCAAGUGGGAGAUAUAUAAAUACCCAGUAGUUUACAUGGUCAGUGUUUUUUAGAUAUUUUCCUACUGAAUGUCUUAUAACCUUUUGCUGUGUCAGUAUACCCUCAUUUCACAAGUGCAUGUCUUUGUGAUAACCCACACAUUUCAUGCACAUUUUUAUUGUUUUUACAUCCACUUGUAGUAGAAAAAAACCUUUUUCCCCUUCGUGCUGCUUUAUUAUUUAGUGUGUGUUUGAACCUGUGUCCAUGUUCGGUAGAUGGGGUCUUAUCAAAUAUAUCAUCACCAUUCUGGUUGAUGAAAAGAAAAACCAGUAGUCAUGUUAGAGUUAGCAUUUGUUUCUACCAUGAGAUCAUGUAUAAUGACUAGCUUUUACUCUUGGUUUACAGAGAAAAGUUAACAGCUAGCUAGGCAAUUUUUAUGGAUAUUAACAGAGUUUAUUAACAAACACAAGAACAAUUUAAUUCUCUUUUGUUUCUAUGAUGUUACCAUGGGAUUAAGAACUGUAUAAGGAAUAUCCUUGAGAAGUAGUUUUAAAUGUAGCAACUACUAUUUCUUAAUGGACUCCCAUGUACCAUGUAGGAAUUGCUUUUACCAGUUGUCAAUCCAUAAGCAUGACUUACAGAGGAGAACUACUUCUUUAAACACACUGAGGGAAAAAAAAAGUUGACGUAAGAAGAUUCUACCUAUAUAGAAAAUUAGAGAUUGCUCUAGGCACAUUUCAGCACCAGGAGCUAUAUUGCAAUUUUAGAUAGAUAGUAAUUCCCAGUGUUUACCUGCUAAUAACAAUUAGCAUAAUCUGGCAUUUAGUUUGGACUUUCUUCCCUUUUCAGCUCUUACUAAAAUGUUUACCUUCUUAUUGGAACCCAACUAAUCAUUUUUUGCAUUGAUAUUCAAGAAUUGAGAUAGAAACUAAAGACCAAAUGGAAAAUACAUAAAACUAAGAAAAAUUGCAAACCUGAAAAGCAUUGAUAUAUGGGAUUUCUCAAGGAAACUUCUGAAGCUGGUAACUAAGCCAUCAGCCAGGGAAGUGAUCCAAGCUGAAGACAGUUCUCAUUUCAAUCCCCUGAGUGCCAUCAGAAACUUAGAACCUUUGGUAGAAAAUUUGUCUUUAUGACUCUGAUCUUCUAUAGAGCAGAGUGGGAAUCAAUGAAGUAUCAGAUUCCCACCCUCCUCCACCUGCAAAACCUGCAAAACCCAAAUGAACAGUUUGCAAUCUUUCAGAUAGAUUUAUGCUGGGCCAAGUGAUUUCACAGAGUGUUUGGGAACUUUUUUUUUGUUUUAAUUUUAUUUGCCCCAGUAGAGGUCAAGAAAGGACUUUCCUCACGAAGGAAAGGCAAAGAGUCUAGGUUUUAUUUCUUUUCCCAAAAUAUUCUCAUCCCCUGUCCUCCCUAAUUCGCAGCGCCCCCCCAUUCCCCUCCCCCAGAGUGCCUGGAAUCUUAAUAAUGGGAAAAAAAACAAAUGUUAAGCAUCAAUAUGUCACAAACAAAUCCAGACUUGAAAGGGUUUAUAACUGCACUAAUAAAGAGGUGGGUUGUUUUCUUUUUCUCAAUUUGUUGUGAAGCUACCCACAGUUGGACAAUCAAACUAUAGAAGAGACAUAAUAUCCAAGAGGCAGGGACUAAUGCACUAUAUAAUCUGCUUUUCCCCUCCCUCCUUUUUUCUCUCUCUCGCCAAAGUGUGCUUCAGAAUUCCACACUGCUUUAAAAAGAAUAUCCUUUUACAAAGUAACUUUACAUUUCCUAAAAUGCCAUAAGAAAAUGCAAUAUCUGGGUACUGUAUGGGGAAAAAAAUGUCCAAGUUUGCAUAAAACCAGUACAUUUCAGCUUGCAAGUUACUGAACACGAUAAUGCUGUUUUAAUUUUGUUUUCUUUUACGUCAGUUAAAAUUCACAAGAAAAUAAUGUAGAUAGAACAAUUUGCAGGCAAGAAAAAAAACUUGAAUGAGAUGGAUUUUACAGAAAGCUUUAUGAUAGUUUUUGAAUGCAUUAUUUAUUUUUUGUGCCAUGCAUUUUUUUCCUCACCAAAUGACCUUACCUGUAAUACAGUCUUGUUUGUCUGUUUACAACCAUGUAUUUAUUGUAAUGUACAUACUGUAAUGUUAAUUGUAAAUUAUCAGUUCUUAUUAAAACAUCAUCCCAUGAUGGGAUGGUGUUGAUAUAUUUGGAAACUCUUGGUGAGAGAAUGAAUGGUGUGUAUACAUACUCCUUAUACAUUUUUCUUUUCUCCUGUAAUAUAGUCUGGUCACUUUAGAGCUUGUUUAUGGAAGAUUUGCGAAAACUAUAAAAUACAUAAAGAUAUAUAAAUUAAAAACAAAAAACAAAAAACAAAAAAAAACAACUAGCUGCAGGUCUUUGGUCCCAGGGCUGUGCCUUAACUUCAACCAAUAUUUUCUUCUGUUUUGCUGCAUUUGAAAGUGAGGUAAUGGUGGAGCUAGGGCUGGGCAUCUUAGAACUGAGCUUUGAAAUGAUUGGAUUACUGGCAAUGGCUGGAUUUUACCAAAACCACAAACAACCGUUGGAAGAUUCUGAGACCAUUUGGAAAUAAAAAUAUGCUCUUUACUUCUUGCCAGGGAGCAGCACUACAUAUAUCAUGAUUUUUUCCCCCUUCUAUUGAUUAGGUAUUGCUUCAGAUAGUUACAUUUGAUUGUUUUGGGUUUUUUCCAUCCCCCCCCCCCCCAACACUACUGGGAAAGUACAUUCAAAUCCAGUGAUUAUAAUUAUGUCUUUGACCUCUAGAGCACAUAGGAAAAGGAACCUGGUUAGAAACUAUAACCAUGGAUCAUAAGUGUGGGUUAGUCAUUUAUUUUGUCAGCUUCCUGUCAUAUCAAGAGAAUAUAUAGUAUGGCCUAGGUGGGUUUUUUUAACCCUGGAAUUUUUCUUCAAUUACGAACUAAAUUUCCUUAUAUGUAUAUAAAUCCAUCCACUCAAACACAAAAUUUUGUAUGAGGUCAAUUCCCAUAGCAUAAAAGUUUCACCAUUCUCUAGGACUUGUUUCUAUAAAACUACCAUAUAGUUUUAGAAUUUUUAAAUUUAACCUUGCAUAAUGGCCUGAAAGUGAAGAAAGGUUCCUGGUGGAUAAUACGGAAACCACCUCCCACUGCUGCCCAGCCCUUGGAACACGUGACUUAUCAGUGCAAGGAGAGAUUCUUUUUCUAGGAAAAAUGAGCCUCCUAUUAUUUUAUUUUAUUUUUUUGACACAAACUGUAGAUUUUAGCAGCCCUGGCCCAAAGGAAUUUGAUUACUUUUGUUUUAAACAGUAUAAAGGGGACACUAUAAUUACAAAAAAAAUAUAUAUCUCCUUACUGAUUUUGUUUUUAUUUCUUUGGAUAUGUUUUCAGAGUGGUAACUUGUGUGUGAGCAUUACAAAUGACGAUUCUUUUAGUGAUUUCUUAGCCUCUCUUACAGCCCAUGGGGAUAGUACUGUACAUCAAUACCUUCAUAUGAAAUUUUUAUAUGCAAUGAAAAUAAAAGCAUGGGUUGAUUCUGCCUA